AUGCACGAUACCCUAACUCCCUCUAAAAAAAAUUUAGUAUACAAGAGAAGUGUGUAUGUAUAUAUAUAUAUUUCAAUUCAGGAGCCCUACACGAUUUAUAUAGAUUAUAGCACUAAUUCGUUUUGUUGGUUCUAUUUAUCGAAAGAGUUAUUAACGGCGGCACAUAACCUAGAGAUGUUCGAUGAAGGAAAAACGAGCUCACAUACUAAUACUCCUCCUUUUACCAGGGCCAUAAGGGAUAUUGUUUCUUUCUGCAAGCUCCGGAGGAUUGUCGUCGCCUUUCUACUAGCUUUGGGGUCAACUAUUCCGGUGGAGGAUGAAUUUCACUCUAACUUGGAGGAAAUUUUGACUGAUCGGAACAGGAAUUCCAAGAAGAAUCUCCAUCCUUGUGAAUCAAGAUGUUUACGUUUAAAGUUCUCACACGAGGUUGCCCCAGUGGUAUUUACUGGAGAGUGUAUUUUUCCCAAAGGAACCAAAUUGGAAUUGGUUGAUGCUGUUACAGGGAAACAAGUGAGACAUGCGCCUCUAGCCUCAGCACAAGUUGAAAUAUUUCCACUUAAUGACGACGAAAAUUGGACAAUUAAAGAACUAAAAGGUCAUAUUAUGAUGCAAAAAAGAGGUGGAACAUCAAGGCGCAACCAAAGUCCAUAUCUGAGGUUGGAAGGAGGCGUUGCUUCUGUUAACGAAAUUAAAUUCAAACACACUCCAAAGCAUAUGAAGAAGUUGGAGCUGGUAAAGCUAGGAGCAAGGAUUGUUGAUCAACCUGAAGAAAUUAAAGUGAUAGAAGCUGUGACAGGACCCUUUACUGUCAAGGAUAAACAUUUAAAAUGCAAGAAGCGGUACCCUCCAUCACCAACGGAUGAUGUUUGGAGACUAGAGCAUAUUUACAAAUACGGCGCUUUUCAUAAACGGUUGACUGUAAACGGUAUCAAAACAGUGGAGGAUUUCCUAAUUGAACUCCGUAACAAUCCUCAGAGGCUACGCCAUAUCCUUGGCAAAAGCAUGUAUGAAAAUUAUUGGAAAACAGCUACAACGCAUGCUAAGACUUGCAAUCUUGAUGUGAGAAAAUACGUGUACCAUCAUUUGGAGACAGAACAAAACUUAAAGGUGGUGUUUAAUGCUGCUGGUCAGGUGAUGCGGUUGGACUCAGGGUGCGGUUUAUAUCAUUUCAACAUGCUUUCUGAAUCUCAAAAGGUGUUUGCACACAAGUUAGUGGAAAUUGCAUUUGCAAAUUGGGAAAAUGUUGAAAAAUCAGAUAACGAGAUUUCUAUCAUGGAUGACUUAGCACCCUCUCCCAAGAUAGGGGGCACGAGCAGAUGUCACCUCGGGAAUCUGGUCACGGUUGACGAAUGCCAGUCUUUAGCGUUUCAAAAUACUUCUGGAACAAUUGAAAGUAACCGCUGGGUAGAUAGUGUUGAAUGUUCUACUUCUUAUGCGAUUGCCAACCGGCAAUCAGAGUCAGAUGAGAUGUCUCUUGCUAUCACUUCUCCUGGCCAUUCAGGUUUUGGUACUUGGGGUUAUCUGGAAUUCCUCAAUAGUAUCACAUCUGUGAUUCCAGAAUCAGGAGAUCAUAUGAAUGAACUUAUGCAAUUCCUUGGUUCUGAUGCAAUUCAACUUGAUGAUUUCCCAUAUAGAGAGCUUGUCAAAGCCGACAACUCUGCUGCUGAAACAAGUGCCACGCAUUUUCAUGGAUUGCAACAUGGUGACAUGAUGGAUCAUUCGCAUUCUGAACAUUUUCAAUCUAUCAUCAUUGAAGAUGGCACAAAUGCUAAUCAACAGCGCCAAAUGAACAAUGUUGUGAUGGUUCCAGAGGCGUCUACGUGCAAAGGCAAGUACAAGAAGAGCUGGACAAAGAUAUGUAGCAUACUGAAAUGGUUAGCACUGAAGAGGCUUGUUAAACUUAAAAACGCCCGCAUGACUAAGAAGCGGAAAUUAAUUUCCAGGGAAAACACGAACCGUUGCCUCUGUCCCAUUUAGCUCUGGUGGAAAUCGAUCAAUAGUCAUCGGAGUUCUAUAACGUGUGAUGCUAGGUGGAUGAAUAAAUUUAGCUCAUCGUUGAAAUUAGUGUAUGUGUGUGUAAUUUUUAUGAAUUAUCUUGAGUUCAUGCCUCAACAUGAACUGUGUGACGAAUUUGAAACUGUUGGAACUUAAGAACUUAUCAAAAGUAUUUUUGUACUAUUAGACAUG